AUGGUGUACAAGACUUGGUGGAACUCACGACUUGGCACUGAUCUCCAGAAAUAUCGCAACCUGAAAUCAGCAGCAAAAAGAGCAGUAGCGGCAGCAAAAGACCAGUAUUACCACUCUCUGUAUGACCAGCUUGACACACCAUCGGGAGAAAACAAUAUCUACCGUCUUGCUAAGUCACGUCACCGUUCAACGCACGGCAAUGGACACGUGAUGCACAUCAAGGAAGCCGACGCCAAACUGCUAAGAGAUAAACACUCUAUUCUCCAGCGUUCGACGGACUACUUUCAUAAAAUCAGCAACACACAGUUUACACAUCCUCCAAUUACUAGUCCUGAUCCUACCUUAGGACCCGUCGCCUCAAUUACACCUGGGGAAGAAAAGCUUGCCAUCAUCAAGAUGAAAAGUGGAAAAGCAACUGGCCCAGAUGACCUACCGGCGGAAAUCUGGGAAAUGCUCGGAAAGCCUGCUUCAGAAUUCCUUGUAAAACAAUAA